CAUUCGAGCGGUUAUAUGUUUCUUUAUUAUUUUGUUUACUGGCAGGAAGGUGAGAAGCCUGAUCAGAUUAUUAGUUCGAAGCUAAAUGUGGGAGGAAAGCUACAGCCCGAUGCUAGUAAUGGUAACACACAGGUCUUUAUAAAUGGCCGUGAAAUCACUAAACUGGAGCUCAGAGUGCUCAAGCUGGCCAAUGUACAAUGCCCACGAGGUACUCAUUUCUGGGUAUAUGAUGACGGUUCGUAUGAGGAGGAGGGGCAGAAUAUAAUAAGAGGAAAAAUUUGGGAAAAGGCGUCGACUCGUCUUAUUUGUUCGCUGUUCUCGUUGCCAACACCUCCUGAGAAUACUCCUGGGUUGAGAGAAGAUGCCUCUGCACCCUCAAGUAGGUUAAUUCCGGAGUAUCUAGAGCAAAAAAGAGUGCAAAAACUUUUGUUGCUUGGACUAGAGGGUUCUGGAUCGAGCACCAUUUUUAAACAGGCAAAGUUCUUGUAUGGAAGCAAGUUUUCUGCUGAAGAAAUGCAAAGUAUGAAGCUCAUGAUUCAAAGCAACCUCUACAAGUAUCUCAGUAUAUUGCUUGAAGGACGAGAACAGUUUGAGGAUGAAGCUUUGGAGGAGAAAAGGAAUCGUGGGCUGUAUGCUGAUGAGUCUCACCCUUCCGAGGAAAGCGAAGUCAAGGAAGAUUGCUCGUGUAUAUAUUCAAUAAACCAAAGGUUGAAGCACUUUUCUGACUGGCUGCUGGAAAUCGUGGCAAUGGGAGACCUGGAUGCUUUCUUUCCCGCCGCAACUCGUGAAUACGCCCCUGUCGUUGAGGAGAUCUGGAGAGAUCCUGCAAUCCAAGAGACUUAUAAAAGGAGGAAUGAGCUGCACUCUCUUCCCAACGUUGCUGGUUAUUUUCUCGAUAAGGCAAUUGAAGUUUCCAGCAACGAGUAUGAACCCACCGAGAAAGACAUCUUAUAUGCCGAGGGCGUCACCGACUGCCACGGCCUUGUUUUCCUUGAGUUCUCUCUAGAUGAUCAAAGCAUGAUUUCUGACCCACCCACUGGAAGAUUCGACUGCCCGUCAUCCCAAACUAAGUACCAACUUAUCCGCGUGGACUCCAAAGGGUUAAACGAAGGCUGCAGAUGGCUCGAGAUGUUCGAGGACAUUCGUGCCGUGAUCUUCUGCGUCUCUCUUAGCGACUACGACCAAAUGUGGCCUCGAGAUUCGGGCGAUCUUUGCAACAAGAUGAUCUUAAGCAAAGCACUCUUCGAAAAUAUAGUGAACCACCCUUCUUUCCAGGACACCCCCUUCGUCCUCCUCCUCAACAAGUACGACACCUUCGAAGAAAAGAUAGAUAAGAUCCCUUUGACAGUGUGCGAGUGGUUCUCCGAUUUCAGCCCCGUGAAACCGCACCACACGAACCAGUCACUCGCGAGCCACGCGUACUACUUCAUCGCGGUGAAGUUCAAGGAUCUCUACGCUUCUCUUUGCGAUCGAAAGCUCUUCGUCUUCCAGAUGAAAGCGCUCGAGCGAAGCACGAUCGACGACGCAUUUAAGUAUAUCAGAGAGGUGCUAAAAUGGGAUGACAUGAAGGACGAUAACGUCUUUGCGGUCCUUGACGAGUCCUUUUACACUACGGACGCAACCUAUUCGAACUAUCUUAGGCAGGAUUUGUAAUGGGUCUUAGGUUUCUUGUAGAGAGUUGUUUCACAAUGUAGUGUGAUAUUCUAGUUUGUCUCUUUCAUUUUCACCUUUUCUCUUGUUUAGUAGUAAUGUUCUCUCAUUUUCUCUGUAUAUUUAUAUAUAGAAUAUGCAUUGAAGAUGAAAUCCGACAACUUUUGUGGCUGCAUUAAGGGGUAGGAGUUUGCUGAUCCACUGUUAA